GUUUCCUGUUUGGAAAGACUUCCAGCUUCAUCACGGAGUUUCUCUCGGUUUGUGGGCUCAUCUAAAGUUGAGUAACAGGAGGAGAAGAGUCUGGUGGUGCAGCAGAGGAACAAUUUCAGCCAUUUGGACUCAGCUCAGCCACUACAGAGGAAACAAUGACUUCAACACAAAAGGACCAACAUGGAGCGAGAAGUCAGCGCUCUCAGGAGGCCGACAAACCUCACAGAAGAAAAGGAGAGAAAACCUACAGCUGUGAUGAGUGUGGGAAGGAUUUUACCCAGGCUGGAAACUUAAAAAGACACCAACUCAUCCACAGUGGAGUUAAACCGUACAGCUGUGACUUGUGUGGAAAGUCUUUUACCGAGGCUGGAAGCUUAAAAACACACCAACUCAUCCACAGUGGAGUUAAACCAUACAGCUGUGACUUGUGUGGAAAGUCUUUUACCCAGGCUGGAAACUUAAAAACACACCAACUCAUCCACAGUGGAGUUAAACCGUACAGCUGUGACUUGUGUGGAAAGUCUUUUACCGAGGCUGGAAGCUUAAAAAAACACCAACUCAUCCACAGUGGAGUUAAACCGUACAGCUGUGACUUGUGUGGAAAGAAUUUUACCCGGACUGGACACUUAAAAACACACCAACUCAUCCACAGUGGAGUUAAAGCAUACAGUUGUGACUUGUGUGGAAAGUCUUUUACCCAGGCUGGAGAAUUAAAAAGACACCAACUCAUCCACAGUGGAUUUAAACCUUACAGCUGUGACUUGUGUGGAAAGUCUUUUACCCAGGCUGGAAACUUAAAAACACACCAACUCAUCCACAGUGGAUUUAAACCUUACAGCUGUGACUUGUGUGGAAAGUCUUUUACCCAGGCUGGAAGCUUAAAAAUACACCAACUCAUCCACAGUGGAGUUAAAACCUACAGCUGUGACUUGUGUGGAAAGUCUUUUACCGAGGCUGGAAUCUUAAAAACACACCAACUCAUCCACAGUGGAGUUAAAGCAUAUAGUUGUGACUUGUGUGGAAAGUCUUUUACCCUGGCUGGAAACUUAAAAACUCACCAACUCAUCCACAGUGGAUUUAAAGCACACAGCUGUGACUUGUGUGGAAAGUCUUUUACCCAGGCUGGAAGCUUAAAAACUCACCAACUCAUCCACAGUGGAGUUAAAGCAUACAGUUGUGACUUGUGUGGAAAGUCUUUUACCCUGGCUGGAAACUUAAAAACUCACCAACUCAUCCACAGUGGAGUUAAAGCACAUAGCUGUGACUUGUGUGGAAAGUCUUUUACCCUGGCUGCAUACUUAAAAAAACACCAACUCAUCCACACUGGAUUUAAAGCACACAGCUGUGAGCUGUGUGGUAAAGCUUUUGCUCACAAUGAAUACUUACAGAGGCAUCUACUUACCCACUCUGGAAUUAAAGCGUACACCUGCAACUUUUGUGGAAAAAGUUUCAGCGACAAACACUACCGAAAUAGUCACCUCCGGAUUCACACUGGAAAUGAUGUUUACUGCUGUGAUCAGUGUGGGAAACUGUUUACAACAGAUGCAAAGUUACAACGACACAUGUUUAGCCACACUGAGGAGAGACCUUAUAAAUGUGACCUGUGUGAGAAGACUUUUAAAGCUCAUCAUCAGCUGAAUAAACACCAACAGAUCCACACCAGAAAAAGUGGAGCGACGCAGAUGGAUCCAGUUCUCAGCCCUGUCGUCACUGUGGUGGUGGGAAAGAGUUUCUCUGUGACCUUUGUAGAAAAACCUCCAAUCAUCAACGGGACCUAA